AUGGCUCUACCUACCUCCAAGUAUCUGGCUGAAAACUUUGUUUUUCUUCUGUUUGUAAUCUCUUCUGUAAGCACAGCAGAAGCAGCUGUGACAUGUCCUGAUAAGGAUCCUGAGCUAGAAAUCUGGCACCCAGGUCACAAUGAAGAAAACCGCAUUGAAAUCCGUAUGGGCAGGAAGCUCCUUCUCUCUUCUUCUGCGACUGUCCACUCUAUCCACAUCACUGAUGGAGGAAAGCUGGUCAUUAAAGACGAUGUGCAGCCAAUCAUCUUGCGUACUAGACAUAUACUCAUUGAAAAUGAUGGAGAGUUACAUAUCGGCAGUGAGACGUGCCCUUACCAAGGCAAUGUGGUUAUCAUCUUAUAUGGGCGAGCGGAUGAUGGCAGCCAGCCGGAUCCCUACUUUGGGCGGAAGUAUCUUGGAGUAAGUAAGGGCGGCAUUCUUGAGAUCCAUGGAAAGAAGAAGCUGUCCUGGACUUUCUUAAACAAGACUCUUCAUCCUGGUGGCAUGGAAGAAGGUGGAUAUUACUUUGAAAGGAGCUGGGGCCAUCGAGGUGUCAUUGUCCACGUUAUUGACCCAAAGACAGGGGCAGUUGUCCAUUCAGAUCGGUUUGAUACCUACAGAGCAAAAGAGGAAAGCAUACGUCUUGCUCAGUAUUUGGGCAGAGUUGCGAAUGGCAUGAUCCUGUCGGUUGCAGUGAACGAUGAAGGAUCUAGAAACUUGGAUGACUCUGCCAGGAAAGCAAUGACCAAACUGGGCAGCAAGCAUUUCCUCCACCUUGGGUUUAGGCACCCGUGGAGUUUUAUUACCGUUAAAGGAAAUCCCGCCUCUUCUGUUGAAGACCACAUUGAAUAUCAGGGUCACAAAGGGUCAGCUGUAGCCAAAGUAUUCAAACUAUUCAAAGCUGAGAACGGAGAACUUUUUAACGUCUCUUCAACUAGUGAGUGGGUUCAAGAUGUAGAAUGGACAGACUGGUUUCAGAAGCCGGAUAAAGCAAGAUCGAAGGACAUGGAGAAGCUUUCUGACUUCAAAGCUGCUCAUCCUGAUAAAAUCUGUAGGCAACCCAUCGACAUCCAGGCAAUGACGCUUGAUGGAGAUAAUUUAACAACUGAGGUUUUCUACAAGAAUGGCCACGAUUACAGGUUUCUGUGCCGUGGCAAGGACCAGACGGGCGAGGGCUGCCAGAACUACCGAGUACGGUUCCUGUGUGGCAGAUCCGUGAAACCAAAGCUUACGGUAACCAUUGACACCAAUGUGAACAGCACGAUCCUGAACCUGGUGGAUGACGUGAGCUCAUGGAAACCCGGAGACAGGCUUGUGGUCGCAAGCACUGACUACUCCAUGUACCAGGCGGAGGAGUUCCAAGUCCUGCUGUGCAGAACCUGCAGACCCACCCAGGUCAAGGUAGCAGGGAAAGCAAAAUACCUCCACGUUGGUGAAGUCGUUGAUGGCGUCGACAUGCGGGCAGAAGUGGGGCUGUUGAGCCGCAAUGUCGUGGUGAUGGGUGAGAUGGAGGGACGGUGCUAUGAGUACGGCAACAAGUUAUGCUCCUUCUUUGAUUUCGACACCUUCGGGGGACACAUCAAGAUUGGUCUCAAUUUUAAGGCUACCCACAUUGAAGGUCUAGAACUGAAAUAUAUGGGCCAGCAGACAAUGGGACAUUACCCAAUUCAUUUCCAUAUGGCUGGAGAUGUGGAUGAGAAAGGAGGCUACAACCCUCCGACGUACGUGAAGGAUGCCUCCAUCCACCAUACCUUCUCCCGCUGUGUCACAGUCCAUGGAUCCAAUGGUUUGCUGGUGAAGGAUGUGGUGGGUUAUGAUGCACUGGGCCAUUGCUUCUUUACGGAAGAUGGACCAGAAGAGCGCAACACGUUUGAUCACUGCCUUGGGCUGCUUGUUAAACCCAGCACCCUGCUCCCCUCCGACCGAGACAGCAGGAUGUGCAAGCUGAUCACAGAGGGUGCUUACCCAGGGUACAUCCCUAAACCCAGGCAGGACUGCAGUGCCGUAUCUACCUUUUGGAUAGCCAACCCACACAACAACCUCAUCAACUGUGCAGCUGCGGGAUCUGAAGAAACAGGCUUUUGGUUUGUUCUGCACCAUGUGCCGACAGGCCCUUCGGCAGGCAUGUAUUCCCCUGGCUACUCAGAGCACAUGCCGAUGGGGAAAUUCUCCAACAACCGCGCGCAUUCCAACUACCGGGCUGGAAUGAUCAUUGAUAAUGGCGUCAAAACCACUCCAGCCUCAGCCAAGGACAAAAGACCUAUCCUGACACUGAUAUCUGGGAGAUACAGCCCACACAAAGAUGCUGACCCUUUGAAGCCCAGGGAACCUGCAAUAAUCGAGCGCUUUAUUGCCUACAAGAAUCAGGAUCACGGGGCCUGGCUGCGGGGUGGAGAUGUGUGGCUGGACAACUGCCAGUUUGCUGACAACGGCAUUGGCCUGACCUUGGCGAGUGGUGGGACUUUCCCUCAUGAUGAUGGCUCAAAGCAAGAAAUCAAGAACAGCCUGUUUGUUGGUGAGAGUGGAAACCUGGGCACCGAGAUGAUGGACAAUGAGAUCUGGGGACCUGGAGGUCUGGAUCACAGAGGAAGGACCCUGCCCAUCGGCCCGGAUUUUCCCAUUCGAGGGAUUCAGUUUUACGAUGGACCGAUCAAUGUCCAAAACUGCACCUUCCGCAAGUUCGCUGCCCUGGACGGCCGGCACACGAGUGCCCUGGCCUUCCGCCUCAACAACGCCUGGCAGAGCUGCCCCAACAACAACGUCACCGACAUUCAUUUUGAAGAUGUCCCUAUUACCUCAAGGGUCUUCUUUGGAGAACCUGGCCCCUGGUUCAAUGAUCUGGAUAUGGAUGGUGACAAAACAUCAGUUUUUCAUGAUGUAGAUGGUUCUGUGUCAGAAUAUCCAGGCUCGUACCUGAUAAAAGAAGAUAACUGGUUAAUCAAGCACCCUGACUGCAUUGACGUGCCUGACUGGCGAGGUUCCAUCUGCAGCGGACGCUUUGCACAGAUGUACAUUCAAGCCUACAAGCCAGCCAACCUGAAAAUGAAAAUAAUAAAAAAUGACUACCACAGUCACCCACUCUAUUUGGAAGGGGCUUUGAGCAAAAGCACUCAUUACCAGCAGUAUCAGCCAGUUAUAACUCUGAGGAAAGGCUACACCAUCCACUGGGAUAAGACAGCCCCUGAAGAGCUGGCCAUAUGGCUCAUCAACUUCAACAAGAACGACUGGAUCCAAGUAGGGUUUUGCUAUCCUAAGGGGACGACAUUUUCCAUUCUCUCAGACAUCCACAAUCGUCUCUUGAAGAAAACAUACAAAACUGGAACCUUCUAUAGAACCUCUCAAAUGGAGAAAUUGGAGCACAGAUAUCCUAGCAAAGGAUAUUACUACUGGGAUGAGGACACUGGGCUGCUGUUUCUGAAACUCAAAGCUCAAAACGAGAAGGAGAAAUUUGCUUUCUGCUCUGUCAAAGGCUGUGAACGAAUAAGGAUCAAAGCGGUGAUCCCAAAGACGGCUGGCAUCAGCGACUGUGAAGCCAUGGCCUAUCCCAAGUACAUGGAGACACCAAUAGUGGAAGUGCCAAUGCCCAAGAAACUCUCCAGUACACAACUGAAGAUGAAGGACCACCUACUAGAAGUGAAAAUAGAAACUUAUAAGAAACAGUACUUCCACCUAAAGGAUGACUUUGCAUACAUUGAGGUUGACGGUGUCAGGUUUUUCCUCACUGAUGAGGGUAUCCAGCUGGUUGUGAUUGAUGGACAUCACGGAAAAGUUGUUGAUCGAGUAACAUUCAGAAACUCAAUUCUACAAGGAAUCCCAGCACAGAUAGAAAAUUAUGUCAACAACAUCAAAGACCACUCCAUAGUGCUGGUGACAUCUAAAGGAAGAUUUGUUUCAAGAGGACCAUGGACUAAAGUACUGGAGAGACUCGGAGAAGAAGAGGGGUUUAGGUUAAAAGAAAAAAUGGCUUUUGUUGGAUUCAAAGGCAGCUUCCGCCCUGUCUGGGUGAAGCUGGUCACUAAUGAGGACUCAGCUAAAAUCUAUCAAGCACUGCCAAUCCCUGUGGUGAAGAAAAUGAAAUUGUGA